GAGGCCCGCCCCUGGACUGAGUCCUGUGACUGCCUACAAAAGCUCAAAGUUUCCAGCAGCUGCUGUUCCUCCGGAAUCUUCUGGAGCAGCUGGGGCACUGUGUGGAACUGAAUCUGGCUAAAAUCUCCCUGGGCUCCCACCCCCUGGGGCAAGAAAUUUGGAAGAUGAGGCCCUUCAGUCCAGAGGUUUCCCCACACCCACCCCGUGUCGUCACAGCCCACCUGCUUCGAAUUUGUACCCUCUUCCUGACCUUGCUGGACAUGACCCCAAGCUCCAGGGCUCCUGUGGUACCCAACCAACCCUUCAUCACGGUCUGGAAUGCAGACACCCAGCAAUGCCUGGAGAAGUACAGUGUGGAUGUGGACAUCAGUGUCUUUGAUGUGGUAGCCAACCCUGGGCAGACCUUUCUUGGCCCUAAUAUGACCAUUUUCUACAGCUCAAAGCUGGGCACCUACCCCUACUACACAGCCACUGGGGAACCUGUGUUUGGUGGCCUGCCACAGAAUGCCAGCCUAAGUGAACACCUGGCCUACGCAUUCUAUGACAUUCAAGCUGCCAUGCCUGCACCUGACUUCUCAGGGCUGGUGGUCAUUGACUGGGAGGCAUGGCGUCCACGCUGGGCCUUCAACUGGGACACCAAAGAUAUUUACCGGCAGCGCUCACAGGCACUGAUUCAGGCACAGCACCCCGAUUGGCCUGAAAGUCGGGUGAAGACAGUAGCCAAGGAGCAGUUCCAGGAGGCUGCGAAGGCCUGGAUGGCAGGUACUCUCCAGCUAGGACAGACACUGCAUCCUCGUGGCCUCUGGGGCUUCUAUGGCCUCCCCGACUGCUACAACUAUGACUUUAAAAGUCCAAACUAUACAGGCCAGUGCCCAUUCGGCAUCUCUCCUGAGAAUGACCAGCUAGGGUGGCUGUGGAACCAGAGCCAAGCCCUCUACCCCAGUAUCUACAUACCUGCAGAUUUGAUAGGCACAGGGAUAACGCAGAGGUAUGUGCGACACCGUGUGGGUGAGGCAUUUCGUGUGGCUAGGACCUCCAGGAACACCAGUCUACCAGUGCUGCCCUACGUCCAGAUCUUCUAUGACACAACAAAUCAUCUUCUGCCCCUGGAGGAGCUGGAGCACACCCUAGGGGAGAGCGCAGCUCAGGGAGCAGCAGGAGUGGUGUUCUGGGUGAGCUCAGAGGAUACAAAUUCCAAGGAAUCAUGCCAGGCCAUCAAGGAGUAUAUGGAUACCACAUUGGGGCCUUUCAUCCUGAAUGUGACCAGUGGGGCUCUUCUCUGCAGUCAAGCACUGUGCUCCGGCCAUGGCCGCUGUGCCCGUCGCCCCAGCCAUCCUGAGGCCCUCCUCAUCCUCAACCCUGACAGCUUCUCUAUCCAGUUUACACCUGGUGGCAAGCCCCUGUCCCUGAAAGGUGCCCUCUCACUUAAAGAUCAGGCACAGAUGGCUAUGAAGUUCAGAUGUCACUGCUACCAUGGCUGGCGUGGAGCAUUGUGUGGGCAGCCAGACAUGUGAUGACUGGCCACACCAGUGUUCACACAAUGAGCACCUAAUGUACUCUGGGCUGGCUAUGGCUUCCUCAAAUACAGACACUGUCACUCAAAUCAUGGUCACAUUCAGGAGUACACUGAGUCACCAUCAUGGGCAUAUGCCUUGCACACAAAUGAACACGCAGACCAGGACAGCUACAUAAGGAGGCAACAGGGGCAGACACCACAGACCCCAUGUUCAUAGAUGUCUAUGUGACAGGGUCAUAGACAGUUCUUCUGGAGACAGUCUUUGAACUGUGCAAGCCUUGGGCUAAGAGUGCUAAAUGGGCUAACUCACUGACUCUUCACAGUAAGUCUGAUGAACCUACCGGGAAGAAGUGUACUUUUUGCCCUAGGUCACACAGCAAGAAAAGAGAGAAGCUAAGAUUCAAACCAAGGCUGUCUGGGUCCAUAGAAAAGGCCUUGUACACCUACUGUGUGUUGGUGGUAACCAGUCCCCUGAAUCAGCAGAUAGGCACCAGCCCCGCACAAUCCAGCUAAUAAAGUAGUCAUGAUUUACUUAGAGAGCUGUUCACUGAGCGCUUAGAUUGUGCCGGCUCUGGGGCCCAGAGGGCAAAAGAAAACGAUUGUCUCUUCCACCCAAAUCUGACCUCAGCCUGAAAAAUAAGCAACUGCUUGGGGGAGGGGAGGGCCAAGCCCCACCUGUUCGGGUCGUUUCCAGGAGGGAUUGGCGUUGGAGGCAAGCAAAAAUCCAGACCCUAUAGCAACAGAAGGGACUGAAGUGGGCCAGGGCAAGGCGGAGUCAGCCCAGCGGAAGACACCGCCUGCGCCCAGCGGACACGUGACUCGCGCUGACCUGGGGCUGGACCUCGGUGGCCCCAAAUUGUGGCAGGCAGAACGGUUACUCAGGGAUCCCGAAGCGGAACUGCAAGGGGCCAGGUUGUGAGGAACGCAGCUCGGCUCUCGAGGCUAGAAGGUAGAAGCAGCCACGAGAAAGACACUGCCUGUGCGCUGGGUUAGUGUUGUGACGCACAGACCCACAGGCUGGGCCUGGGCCGUGACGCUAGCGUGGUGCCCAGCUGCAGUGAGUCCGCCGAGCCGCUGGGGGCCAGCGCGGGCGGCCUGAGGUGUGCGAGGCUAAGACAGCGAGAUCCUGAGCCGAACGGAGCCAGGACGCGAGCAUCCCGGAGUCUGCAUUGAAAUGUCAGUACCGCUCCCGCCUCACGCGCGCUACCCACCCAUAACCUCCCACCCCGCACCAGAUGUCUCCUAGAGGCCCUGCCACCCCCCACGUCCACUGUGUCUGUGGUUCCCAGAGCAUGCUGAGCCACACCUACCCACAGAAUCGGGCUUUUGAAGGCCCUAGCCCCGAGACCUCCACGGAACCGGCCCUCCUACUAGGAGGGAUGAGGAACCCAAGGCGUCCGAAACAGGCAGGCCACUUUAUGAGGACCUCGAGCCUCGCAUCUCCCACAACUAUGGGGUGCUGCUGCAGCGGUGGCGACUGAAGCAGGUGAGAGGCUUGGAGCCCUGUAAGAGGGAUGUGGCACGAGGGGAAGGAGGUACCUGUCACUGAAUACUGUUGCUGAGUUGUCCUCAAGCUUAGGGAAGUGGGAAAGGGAAGCCAGGAACCACUCUCUGGAGCAGGUGAGUAGAGGGAUGGAAUCCAGCUGCCAAACCAAUGCAAGAAAUUUUCCAAUGUGGAGCCUCCUGUCAGCAGGACCUAGAAUAAGGUGGGCAGGCAAUAGGGUUUGGGCACAAAAGUUCUGGGCUUCCAACGUGAUGGCCGUUGGUAGAUACCUCUGUGAAUAUAGGAAGGAAGCUGUGGUCCUCAUCUAGGGUGGCUAUGAAACUCAGCCCAAAAGGAACUAGGCCUGCAGAA